AUGGAUAGAUUAGUUGAGAAAAAGUCAGAUCGGGUUUUAUGGUUAAAUGGUGGCCCUGGAUGUUCUUCACUUCUUGGUCUAUUUACCGAAUUAGGGCCCUAUUUACUUUUGGAGGAUGGCUCUAAUAAAUUAAUUAAAAAUCCUAAUGCCUGGAAUAACAAUGCCAAUGUUUUGUUUCUUGAAUCGCCUGCGGGGGUUGGAUAUUCUUAUUCAACUGAUGAAAAUAUUACUACAAAUGAUGAUGAAGUAAAUAAUUAUAUAUAUUUUUAGGAAUUGGACCAGCGAACGCGCCGACAUUAAAAUUACCGAAUUCGAGAAUAGGGACGGCACGCUCCUCAAUAUG